AGAAAGGCCAGAGAGAUGCUGAGGCAGGAGGCUGCGCUCUCGAGUUCCCCACGGUGGGCGCCAUCGCGGAGGGAGGUCCCAUGCGGCAGGGCCUUGACCUCAGCGUCCAGGCCGAGCACAGAAGGUGCCGUGGCCGACAGGAGCAGCAGCAGCAGCAGCAGCCCGGCGCCAUUGGCGCUCAGGCAAGGUUCAUCAUUUGGAAACAAAAGAUCUUACACUACACACAAAGCUGCAUCUAAUUUUCCUGUUGGUACGAGCUCGUCUUCUGCACAAGAUAUCACGUAUCCACAUACGUUUAGAACUCCGUUAUCUGCUGGAAAUCCCCAGAGAUCAUAUAAAGGUUGGACACCACAAGUAGGACUUUCAGCCACAUCCUCUGCGGUGUCUGCACAUGCCCCGUCAGUCAUUGUAGCAGUGGUGGAAGGAAGAGGGCUGGCUAGGGGCGAGAUAGGAAUGGCGAGCAUCGAUUUAAAAAGCCCACAGAUUAUGUUGUCACAGUUUGCAGACAACACAACAUAUGCAAAGGUGAUCACUAAACUCCAAGUUUUAUCACCUUUGGAAAUAAUAAUGUCAAAUACUGCUUGUGUUGUGGGAAAUUCAACUAAGUUAUUUACUCUGAUCACAGAAAAUUUUAAGAACGUUAAUUUCACUACAGUCCAAAGGAAAUACUUCAACGAAACAAAGGGCUUAGAGUACAUUGAACAGUUGUGCAUAGCUGAGUUCAGCUCUGUCCUAAUGGAGGUUCAAUCCAGGUAUUACUGCCUUGCAGCUGCCGCAGCCUUAUUAAAAUAUGUUGAAUUUAUUCAAAAUUCAGUGUAUGCACCUAAAUCGCUAAAGAUUUAUUUCCAAGGUAGUGAGCAGACAGCCAUGAUAGAUUCAUCAUCAGCCCAAAACCUGGAGCUGUUAGUUAAUAACCAGGACUACAGGAGUAAUCACACUCUCUUUGGUGUUUUAAAUUACACCAAGACUGCGGGAGGGAGCAGAAGGCUGCGCUCCAACAUCCUGGAGCCGCUGGUUGAUGUGGAAACAAUCAGCAUGAGGCUGGACUGUGUCCAGGAGCUGCUCCAGGACGAGGAGCUCUUCUAUGGACUCCAGUCAGUCAUAUCAAGAUUCCUGGACACAGAGCAGCUGCUUUCUGUUUUGGUUCAGAUUCCAAAGCAAGACACGGUUAAUGCAGCUGAAUCAAGAAUAGCAAACUUGGUUUAUCUGAAGCACACAUUGGAACUUGUGGAUCCUUUAAAAUUAAUUCAAGUAAACUGUAGCACACCCCUUACUAGGGCUUAUUACCUGUCUUUGUUUUGUAUUAAUGCUAGGUUUGGGCUAAUACUUGAGAAGAUUAAAACAGUGAUAAAUGAUGAUGCAAGGUACAUGAAGGGCUGCCUGAACAUGCGGACUCAAAAGUGCUAUGCAGUGCGCUCCAACAUCAGUGAGUUCCUGGACAUAGCCAGGAGGACAUACACAGAGAUAGUGGACGACAUAGCAGGAAUGAUAUCACAGCUCGCAGAGAAGUACAGCCUUCCCUUACGGACCAGCUUCAGCUCCGCGAGGGGGUUUUUCAUCCAGAUGACCACAGACUGCGCUGCGCUCUCCAGUGACCAGCUUCCUUCAGAGUUUAUUAAGAUUUCUAAAGUGAAAAACUCAUAUAGCUUUACAUCAGCAGAUUUAAUUAAAAUGAAUGAAAGAUGCCAAGAGUCUUUGCGAGAAAUCUAUCACAUGACCUACAUGAUAGUGUACAAGCUGCUCAGUGAGAUCUCGAGCACAUCCAUUGCUUAUGCAAACUCCUCGGACACAGUGUCAAUGCUGGACAUGCUGCUGUCGUUUGCUCAUUACUGCACUCUCUCAGACUACAUGAGAUGGCAUCCCAUUCUUGAAAAAAUAUCUGCAAGAAACCUGUUACCAAACGGCACAUAUAUCACAGAAGGAUGUAGCAUUUCUGAUCAUCACUGGACCAAAUAUAAUUGGAAAUCCACGUUCUUAAAGCAGAUUGCUCUUUUGUCAGAUCAUAUGGCCCAGAUCGGCUCCUUCGUCCCAGCACAGUCGCCUCCUUCAGGAUUGCUGCGCCCAGAUCUUCUGAGAAUCAGCACUGAUGAUGAUAUUGAAACAAACUCUUCAGCAUUUAUGAAAAGAAAUGAACAGAUAGCAUAUAUUCUUCACAAUGCUAACGACAAGUCACUCAUACUGAUUGAUGAGCUUGGCAGAGGCACUAAUACAGAAGAAGGGAUUGGGAUUUCUUAUGCUGUCUGUGAGCAUCUGCUGAGCACAAAGGCAUUUACACUCUUCACUACCCAUUUCCUGGAACUGUGCCAUAUAGACACCCUGUAUCUUAAUGUAGAAAACAUGCAUUUUGAAGUUCAGCAUGUGAAGAAUACCUCAAGAAAUAAAGACGCAAUUUUGUAUACUUACAAACUUUCCAGGGGACUCACAGAAGAAAAAAACUAUGGAUUAAAAGCUGCAGAGGCCUCCUCACUUCCGCCAUCAAUUGUCUUGGAUGCCAGAGAGAUCACAACACAAAUUACAAGGCAAAUCUCGCAAAACCGAAGGAGUUCCCCUGAGAUGGAUAGGCAGAGAGCUGUGUACCAUCUGGCUACAAGGCUUGUCCAGGUUGCUCGAAACUCUCAGUUGGAGCCGGACAGGCUGCGGACAUAUCUGAGUAAUCUCAAGAAGAAGUAUGAAGGGGACUUUCCCAGGGCUGCGGACCUUCCAGAGAAGACUGAGGAGUGAUCAGUUCACAGUGUAUACAGGGUUGUAUCUUAGUUGCUCAGUUUUAUAUUUUAAUUGAAAAUUAUAGUAUAUUAACCUCAGAAUGUUCACCUAUGAACUCUAAAUGAAAAAUAUUUAUUACAAUAGCUUAAAAAAAACCUAGAGCUCCCACAGACUAAACCAUUAA